UUUCUGGUUACAGGCCUCGAGCUGCAGUCGCUUUGCAUAGCCUGAUCACCUGAAACUUGUACAAUUGUUAGAUAUGGAAGCUGGGCCUGCGAGGGAUCAUGGUGAUGCUGAUUUAAGGGAACAUCCUUCGUCUGUACCAGGUGGAGAUGAUCACGCAUUUCAAAUCAAGAGGCUGUAUUCGUCGUUGUCAUCCUCGUCGUCGUCGCCAUCGUCCGGAGACUCCUAUGAAUUAGAGGUGAAAGAGACCAGCACUUCUGAUGCAUUUUCACAUGUCCACCUUACCCACGACGCCGACGACGACCGUGAAUCGGUUCCGAGACGCGGAGAAGGAGACGUGCCGGUCGGCUCGAUGCCCAAGAUCGAAUCGUCUGAAAAUGGUCCGUCGGACCGUGUGCAGGCCUUGAGGUGGAACGAUGGGUCGGCAAAGCAGCUUCCUCCGGUUCAGGUGAUGGAACGAACGGGCGACGUCGUGGGGAGUCCUUCUCCGUACAGGAUCCCUUCUUCCGUGUUCGGCAGAACCAAAUCGACAGCCCCGAUGGAAUGGAGCGUCGCUUCGAACGAAUCGUUGUUCAGUAUCCAGAUGGGAAAUACGAGUUUUACUAGAGACCAAAUAUACUGGGUUGGUAAAUCUCAGGAGCUCGGUAUGCCCGGCGCACCAACCAUUCCUCCGGUGACGAUGGAUUAUGCCAGCCCAACUCCAGUCAAUAAAUCGCCGAAUAUCGGCUUCAGAAUCGCGAAUACGGGCCAGCAUCAAUGUGCACCUUCACCAGCUGCUCAACCACAAAAGGAUUCAAAGGAAAGCGUGGAUCACAGUAAAGAAAAUUUUCCUUGGCCGGAGGUAGCUUCCUUCCAUUCUACCAGUCCGUCGCACCAUUCCGAUGCGAGCGGAGCCAGCAUUAAAUCCUUCGCCUUUCCAAUAUUGUCCAGAGAUGCGGCCAGGAGCGGCUCGCUGAGGGUCGGUCCGAACGGCAUGAAGCCACUGUCGUCGUUCGCGCAAGCGCGGUCAGAACCGCAGACUCCGAAGCCGCAGCCCCCUAAGGUGGCAGCGUCCGGCAUGGGUCAGGCCAGAUGGUUCUCUUGCUUCCCCUGUUGCUCGAUCUGUUCUUCGGGCUGACGACUCGGGGCGGUCUUUUCGGGCGCCUCUGCUCGGUGCUAGAUCGCAGGUACUCCUUCGCGGCCUGCGGGAGUUUUGUUCUUGUCUUUUCAGUUUUGGAUCAGUUCAGAUUCACCUGUGACUGUGAUUUGCACAAUAUCAGUCCAUCGGUAGAAUCGGUAUGAUAGGGCCCUUGUUUCAGAUGUUCA